GUACCUAAUCCAACAACAUGUCCCGACAAACAUCUUCCAAAUUUGCCAUCUUCAUCUUAUCGACUGUCAUCAUUAUCCUUCUCAUCAUAGUAACAAUACAAUACGACGAACUAAGCAGAAUCCAAUCAAUUUCAACAAAUCCAUCCAACACCAGCUUGGCUACCUCCGCAAACCUCACAACAUAUCCAAUCAUCUCUCCCGAGUUCCCCAAAAAACUAUGGUAUAAAGUCGGAGCUCAAGGUGUCUCAAGCGAAGCAAGGAGUUUCAGACACCACUGUCUCAAUAUCAACCCAGGAUAUAAAUCCGAGAUACUCAGCGACGCGAUCGCAGACGAAUAUAUUUGGAAAUGGGUAUUCGCAGCGACCAGACAUCUUGAAUAUGUAUUUUUCGCUCAAAAUACCGACUCUACGAGCUGAUCUAUUGCGAUAUUUGAUUUUAUAUGCUUAUGGGGGAGUAUGGUUUGAUUUGGAUGUUUCGUGUAGGGAUAUUCCUAUGUAUAGAUGGGUAUUGGAGGAACGUCGCGGAGCGGCCAGUCUGGUUUUGGGAUUGGAGUUUGAUUGUGAGUGGCAGGAUUAUGGGAUUUUGUAUUUGCAGUUUGCGAGUUGGGCUAUUAUGGCGAAGGCUGGGUCGGUGCAUUUGUUGCGGGUGAUUGAGGAUAUUGUGGUGGUGCUUAAUGGGAUUGCAGGACGGAAUAAUGUGUCGGUUGAGGGGUUGCAGUUGAGUAUGAUUAGUGAUGUGGUGGAUGCGACGGGGCCGAAGAAGAUGACGCUAGGGAUUGUGAAGAGUCUUGAUAGGAUUCUAGGGAGGAAACUUGAUGAUCGCGAUAUCGGGGAAUUGAGACGUGCGAGAUUGAUUCAUGAUGCUUUGAUCUUACCUAGAAAUACGUUUACGGGGACUCAAAAUGUGUUUAAGAAGGAGAAAGGGGAUGUUUUUGUUAAUCAUCAUUAUGCGGGGAGUUUGAAGGAUACGUUUGGUGGUGAGGCGGAGAAGGGGUCGGAACGAGAUAGGGAGAUUAAAGAAGAGAAAAGAGUUGAGCGCGAGGGAAUUUUGGGAAAGAGAAGGAGAUUAAUAGACACGAUAUUUUAGGGCAAGAAAACAAUAAUAGACAAGA